UGCUUAGUUGUUCCCUGUUCAGUAAUUGAUUGCCAAAAAAUCCUAAAAAUGGGUAUUCGUGGGCUAACUUCCUACAUUAAUAGGAAUUCUCAUCGUUUCUUGGAGAAAUACGAUCUCCAUAAUACAUAUCUGAUCAUCGAUGCUGUCAAUAUUUACUCUGAUAUCUUGGAAAUGUCCGACAAACAACGUGGGAAGUUUGGCGGUCAGUACGAUAUUUUUCACGAGGCCAUUGAAAAGUUUUUCGAUUCUCUCGCACUCUGCAAGAUAACUCCAAUCGUCUUUCUCGAUGGGAUAGGAGUAUUGAGUAAAUCCGAUUAUCUCGCGACAUAUGGGGAAAAACAAAGGGAUCCUGCAAAGGCUCGCUACGUUCGCCCCCCGCUACUACGCUCCAUAUUUUUCGAGGUUAUGCAGAAGCGAAAUAUAAAAUACGUGCAAGCUCUUACUGACGCUGAAGAGAUCAUGGCGGUAGUUGCCAAAGCUCUCGAUUGCCCCGUGCUAUCAAACGAUGGGGAUUUCUUUGUUUAUGGAUCCAAGUUCAUAUCAUCGGACUUCAUUCGGAAGAAAUUAAUUCCAACUCGACGUGAGGCUGACGGGGAAAAUCCAGAGAGAUUCUUCAUACCUUGCAAACUUUACAAAGUAUCCAAAUUUUGCCAAUACUUCAAUUAUCUCGAUGAAUCUCUGCUCCCUCUAGCCUUGAUGCUCCUCGGAAACAAAAAUGAACACUCUCUCCUCGAUUCAAGCCUGAUGAAACCAUUUCAUGAACACUUGCAGGGCCUCGACAGUCGAGCUUCAGCAGUUUCUCACCGUAAAAUCGAGAAAACCCUCAAAUGGCUGAGUCUUUAUGCAUCCAUGGAGGAAGCUGUGACAGCUCUUCUAGGGUACAUUCACGUGGAAAAUCGAGGGAAGGUUCUUGAUGAUAUUCACAAGCUCACAAGAACAUAUGGAAGUCUCCCUCUAGUCCUGAAUGUUCUCGGGCUUGAUAAAUUGGAAUCCAAGAUCCUCGAGGAGAAUAAGAAGGCAUUUACCAUUGAGAGUAAGAUGAAGGAGCUUGUCUCACCACAGAACAAUGGAGACACAGAAGUUGCAGAAGCAGAAAGCCCAGAGGACGUCAAGAAGAUUGACGAGAAUCAUCGAUACACAGAGGAAGAAAUCAUUGCUCUCUUUCCAAAGUGGCUGAUUGAUGAUUACCUGAAAGGGAAGGUACUCAGGCUUCCACUAGAAUUGUUCAUGUUCUCCACAGAACUGGUAAAUCCCUCGAAAGAGCAAUCGCCUCUUUCUCCCGUCAGCAAAAUCAGCCUACCGAUACUGAUGUCAAUCCAGAGUCUUGUAGGCUCUCUUCGAGGUGAUGAAGAGAACAUCUUGGAGUUGUUCUUCGUCGAGAAUGGAAAAGUUGGUUGGGAGAGUAUAAAAGUAAGAACAUCUUCGGUGAGCCUCAGGGACAUGAAGGAGCUUGAGUUAUCGGAGAGGAAGAGAAUAAUCGACGAAGUUCUUGGGGUUGAUGGGGCAGACUCUCUGAUGGAUCUUCCUGACUGCUGGAGACUCUAUGCAGCAACUGUUGUUUUCUGGUUGAAGCAGGAGGCUCUACCCGAGAAGAAGGAAGGUCAUCUGUACUCGGUGAUCUGUGCAAUGCUGCUGGGGGUUGUUGAUGAUAAGAUUGGUGUCAUCAGGUCUGAGGAAUCUUUCUCGAAAGCAUUUGGAGAUGACUACGAAAGCAUUCCUUCAGGAUCUAGGACUGAUGGGGGAUUGGGAGGGGUGACUUUGAUGAAGAUGAUAGAGGAUGUUUCGAGGGAGGAAUGCAUUGCAGCGUCUCGACUCUUCGUAUCUCAUUUUGGAAUGGGUUCUUUGGAUAUCUCUGAUGAUGACGAAGCAGUGGUGAAUGCAUUCAAGCAGUUGCAGAGCUGUUUGAAGUACUCAAUGAUAUUAAACUCAAUACUGGAUUGUCCUUACACUUCAAUACCUCUGCACAGAGUUUACAAUGGAGUAUUAUUGUACAAGAUGUUCGAGGUGUUUUCGACUGAGGAAGACAUGGAUUCGUACUUGCCUUCAAAGUUGGAAUGUUCUCCAACGAUUGUAGAGGCUUUCGUGAACCUGAAAACUACAUUGUUGAAAAUUAUUGGGAGGAGUAUUUGAGUGAAGAAAACAAUGUUUCAUUGUUGAAAUAAUCUCUGACUGUUCUGAAAACUGAUGGUAUGUGUUGCUGAUAUAUAUGGAUUAUAGGGGAGGGUGGGGAAAAAUAGACAAUGUUGACUUUUUAAAAACUGUUUAUAACUAAGAAAUAAAUUCAUCAGUUAAAUCCAGUUUGGCAUCAUCACGAUGAGGAAGAAUUCUUUUCUGCAAGGAAAAAAAUUGUCUCAUUUCAUCAAUCGAUCAAUGAAUUAUAAAAAUUGAAAAAAUAUAUAUCAAAAAUGGCCAUAUUGCCCCACUCUCCCAUAAGUUCUUGUACUUCGUUAUGAUUAAAGAGAUAAAGUUCGGGAGAAAUCACAAUUCUCCUCAGAUUUCAAUUUAUAUUUGUUGACUCAUUAUACUUUUGAGUAAUUAUGAAGUGACCAUUGGCUAUUAUUGCUGUAAACUAUUGAAUAAUUUGAAAACAACUUUUUCUCAUUUAAGAAUGAGCCAUUUUCAGUGUUCAAUGACUCAUUGGUGUAGUUUAUUGAAAUUUAAUUUUUAUUGGUUUAAUGAAACUUUCGUCUGUUCAACAAAUAUGGAUGAUAUAAAGCGUGGAGUGAGAUGGGAUUUUGGAGUCUCGCACUCUGAUUGCAAAAAAAUACUGAUUAGUUACGGAAAGAUUUUUUUUAUUAGAUAUAUCAAAAACAUUGAAAGAAGAACAUCUCACAUUUUUUCAGAUCAAUAUAGUCUUGAUUGUUAGUGAUGAUUGUAAGAGUUCUGUGAUUAGAAAAAAGAAACAAUUUUGUUUAUUGGAGUGAUACAACAAAUCUGUAACAGUUCUAAAAACCAUAUUAUAUGUACG